CAAGCUAGCUAACUGGCUAAAGUUGAACAGCUUUCCAGCUACUCCCAGACACAAAUGAGAGAACCUCACUCUGGCCAUUGUACUUGUUAUCUACAGCGUUAGUGACUAACUGUGCUGCUGGCAACAACUUKAUUACUUGUUUUGCCUACGUUUACUGACACCUGUCAGAUUCAGCGGUUUUUGGUGCGUUCGUAAAUUAAUCGGUUAUUCUGUGAUCUUGCACACUCAGACUAGAGUGCUUUGAAAUCGGAGUAGAUAGCCAAACCAUUAAUUUUCGAACGCACCCUCUAAUCAGGCACAAUUGAGCCAGCCAACCUGUAUCAUCAUUUCGGGGUCCUUCCGAGUGACCAACGACGAGAAAUCCUUGAUCCGACCUUUUUCGUGUAUGUUAUUUUUGUUUAGUUAGCCAAGUAAAAUGUACUACAAGUUAAAUGCAGUUACACAAAGACUUAUCAAAUCGGCACCGAGUGCUUACAACCCACAGGGAUUGCGGAUAACAGUGCCCACGGAGCUUCCCCCAAUGAUAUUUGCCACACCCACCAAAUAUGUGUCAGAGGCAGGGAACAUGGUGGAGUACCUGGGACACAACAAAGUCCCUGAUCUACAGAAACUCUUCCAGAAGUCUGAUGGUGUCCCUGUGCACCUGAAGGGAGGCCUGAUGGACAAGAUGCUGUACAGGACUACCAUGGCCCUGACCAUCGGUGGGACCCUCUACUGCCUGAUGGCUCUCUACAUCGCUGCCCAGCCUCGGAAGUGAUCAGCUUCCUCCUCUUCAAGGGUCCAGCAGGAUUCUAUAUCAUUCAGAUUAGGAGCAAUAAUGUGGAUAGUGAUUAUGCUCACUGUUGGUCAAGGAAAAUUAUUGCUUUACCCCUCAAAAGUAUAUAUUACACKUCCAUGUCUUAUUUAUUGCCUAGUUUCAUGUUAGGGUUCCCUUCUGCAAGAUUUCAUCAGACUCAAAUAAUCUCUCAUUUGUAAAUGGAGGAGAAAUCUAGUAUAUCAUUACUGCUGGCCCAUCUUACUGGCUCUGUGUAUGUGCGCURGUGCAUCUCUACUGACGUUUCUGUAAGUUUCCUAUACAACCAGUACCAUUUCAGUGGUUCAAUAACUACAACUGCUGAUCAACAAUCUAAAAAAACAUCAGUCUGACCAUGUUUCUGUCAGCGCACAUGUAUGUGUUUGGAAAGGAUUUGGAGGUCUCAUGUAUGAAUUUAGGUUCUCUUUUGUUUGGAUGAGAGAGUGGACAGGGCUAGCACCUUUCAAAGAUAAAAAUGAGGUGGUACUUCAAGUUGUGUGAUCGUUAAUGAGUGUCUGUAAUAAUACUCUGAACMCCCCCAAGUCCCUAUGUUAUGGUGCAGAGGUUCUGUGUUGUCAUUUAGGCUGUGUCCUAACUGAUAAUGUUCUGUAAAAAGAGAGUGCACGCAUAGUGGAUUGCAAAGAGUAUCCGGCAAGUCAUAAUUUUGUAUUGGGGAUAAUAAAGUACAUUUUGUUUGUAAAACAUGAAACAUUUUUGUUAUCUGGUAACUAAAUGAAGGGCUAUCUAACUAUUCUAGGAAUAGCUGACCUAGAAAUGGGACAUUCCUCAUAGCAGGAUCUAUGACUUUGCAUGCUACUUGGACAUCCUAGUUCAACUGGUCAUUUAUUUACCGUGUCAUAGAUUUUUAUUCUCCAAGUCACUUCAACCCAAUUAGAAAUGUAUAUGUGAGUCUUUUUAAACUCAAAAUGUAAUAUUUUACAAGACCUUGACGAAUGGGCGGUAUCAAGGUGAAGCAGAGAUCUUGUUGAUCGAUCUUUGCUUUAUUCUUGAUUUUUACAAUCGGUACAAUAGUCAGCUAGACCUUUCCGUCAUACUCUUAUAUAUCAAUAUCGAAGACAUUCAGUCAUUAAGUGGGAAUUGCCACGAGUAUGCAUUUGAGGUUUUAUGUAAUGUCAAUUGUUGAUUGACAUAUCCGGCCGAUUGGCUCACACAAAAUUAUGGCAACAUUUUAUCUAGCUACUUAAUUCAGCUAGGCUAUUAUAGUUUGUGUUCAUUGAAAAGUAUGCUUUGGGUGGAAAAUCUAU